AUGAGUGGCUUCCCGCCUCCUCUUCCCGUUGCCGGCGCGCGCGCUCCGGCGCAGAGCGGCGUCAUGGCACAGGCGCUGACAUCCGGCAAAAGUACGGAAAGUUACGGAGUAACCGCACGGAGGCUUGCGGAGGAAGGAGGAGAAUCUUGUUCUGUACUGGCUUCCUCUUCAGCACUGUGCGAUGUCCCGGGUUCUGUGGUGAGUUUGAGGUCGGCUCCCCGACUAAUAGUAGUUGAUUUGCCAGUGUUUUGA